UCAACGUUCACUUACACGUGUAAGUGCAUUCACGUGACCACACGUCGUUCACGUGAGCAGGUGCGAGAUGAGUUCGUUUGCUCCAGCUGCAAAGCGACCCAAGCGAGGUAAAGCGUCUGCAGAUAGCGAGGCGUUUCCAGACAUCAAACGCAUUGAAUACAAACCGGAUGCGAAGCCGGAUGAUCUGCUUUGCUUUAAGCAUUACAAUGCGAAGGAAGAGAUCUACGGCAAAACUAUGGAAGAGUGGCUGCGUUUCUCUGUGUGCUACUGGCACACGUUCAGAGGAACAGGUGCUGAUCCAUUUGGAUAUCCGACUUUGAUUCGACCUUGGGAGGAUGGGGACGACUCGAUGGAGAUUGCGAAGGCAAGAAUAAGAGCUGCAUUCGAAUUCUUCAGCAAGUUGGGCAUCAAAUAUUGGACAUUUCACGAUCGUGACAUUGCACCCGAAGGCGAGACACUGGAGGAAACCAAUCGCAACUUAGAUGAGAUAUCGGAUCUUGCUUUGGAGCUACAGAAGAAGCAUGAUGUGAAGUUGCUGUGGGGAACGGCAAAUCUGUUUGCUAAUCCAAGGUACAUGAAUGGAGCUGGCACAAACCCAGAUCCACACGUUCUAGCAUAUGCAGGAGCUCAGGUCAAAAAGAUGCUGGAAAUCACAAAGAAGCUUGGGGGAGUAAAUUUUGUGUUUUGGGGUGGACGUGAAGGAUACCAGACGAUCCUGAACACUGACGUCAAAAGAGAGUUAGAUCACAUGGCCGCUCUAUUCAAAAUGGCUGUUGAUUACAAGAAGAAGAUUGGAUUUACUGGUCAGCUGUUGAUUGAACCAAAGCCCAAGGAGCCAACCAAACAUCAGUAUGACUAUGAUGCACAGACUGUUAUUGGCUUUCUGAAGACAUACAAUUUGGAUGGUGACUUCAAAUUGAACAUCGAACCGAAUCACACCACACUAGCCGGCCAUGGAUACGAACAUGACGUCAUUGUGGCUUCAAAACUUGGCUUUCUUGGAUCAGUCGAUAGCAACACUGGAUCUCCAGAUCUUGGGUGGGACACAGAUCAGUUUCCAAUGGAUGUGAAAGGUGCCACUCUCGUCAUGAAGGCGAUUCUAGAGCAAGACGGAUUGACUCCAGGUGGACUGAACUUCGACUGUAAAGUUCGUCGUGAAUCUACUGACUUGGAGGACAUGUUUGUGUCUCAUAUUGGAGCGAUGGAUACGUUUGCGAGGGGGUUGAGAAAUGCGGUGAGGAUUUUGACUGAAGGACUAUUGCCAACUGCAGUUAAAGAAAGAUACAGUGGCUUUGACACAGGAAUAGGCAAAAAGGUUGAAGACGGCAAAGCAACACUUGAAGAACUCGAGCAAUAUGUUAUCGAACACGGGGAGCCGGCUGUGCUGUCUGGAAGGCAAGAGAGAUAUGAGACACUUUUGAAUCGCUAUGUUUGAAGACAUUCUCAAAUGAAUUUUGAUUCCAUUGCUUGGUGAUUGCCACUUGAUCGAUGGAUUCUUGCAUGGCCGUUAGUGUGUUUUUAGCUUGUAGCAUGUGUGGUUCGUCUGAAUUGGAUGUUCUGUUUUUGUUUUGA